GCGGGGCCUUUCCCUGCCCGAAAUAAUUGAGUAAAGAUGGCGGCAGUGUGUGGGACGUAAGGCCGUAUUUACUGCCUUCUGGUGAACUUUGCACCGCUUUACGACUCCAGGCGCCUUAUUAAUCGCAUUGUCGUUCACGGAAGUUACUUUCCACAUCAGGAGAAAGAGUCACCGCAAGCCUGGCCGUGAUCCCGGUCGGUCACGGGCCUCGAGAAGGGCCGACUGCGAGACCAAGGGUGCUACGUUCGCUUGUGUAGUGUGUUGUAGUAAUCGCGAGAGAGGUAAGCCCGCACAGUUUGGGGGUAAAAAUGGGAUGAUUCCGCGUCUUCAAGGGUCGGAAUGAUGGACGAGAAAGUUUUAGAGGACCUCUUGGAGUGCUCUGUGUGUCUGGGAAGGCUCACCACCAACAGUAAAGUGCUCCCGUGCCAGCACACGUUCUGUAAACGAUGUCUCGAGCAGAUCGUCCGGUCCAAGAACGAACUGAGGUGCCCCGAGUGUCGCAUCCUAGUAACUUGCAGUGUUGACGAGUUACCGUCAAACAUACUCCUGGUCAGACUUCUCGAUGGAAUCAAGGAGAGGAGAAGAACUGCCACGGCCUCGCAGGAGAGGUCGCCGAAGAGCUCGCACGGUGGCCAGGGAGGGAAGGGGGCUACGGGGGACGCAGGGGCGGCGGCACAAGCACAGAAGACCCCGGCUACGAGUCGAGGUUCACCCGUCAAGACCAACACACCACAUCCAUGUGCAAAAGCGUUGUACAGUUAUGAAGCAGAAGAACCUGGCGAUUUGUCUUUCAACAAAGGAGAUAUAAUAGCAUUACGGCAGCGGAUUGACGAGAACUGGUACCAAGGCGAGCUCAACGGUCAGUUCGGGUUCUUCCCGGUCAGCUAUGUGGAGGUCAUCCACCCCCUGCCGCCUGACCAGCCCACGGGGAAGGCCAAGUACAAGUUCGACGUCACCGACAAUGAGGAAGACAAGGACUGUCUAACCUUUGAAAAGGAUGAAAUUGUGACAGUGAUAAGACGGGUCGAUGAGAACUGGGCAGAAGGCAUGAUAGGAGACAAGAUAGGCAUCUUCCCUAUUUCCUUUGUGGAAAUGAAUGAAGCAGCAAAGAGUCUUAUAGACAGGAAAUCCAAAUCUAGGAAUGAAUCAACUGAUGCAGAACCCAAUAUACAAGCCCCGGCCAGAACAGACAGCCAGUCCCCGGAGGAUUCGCCGUCGUCCAGCGCGGCGUCUGGGAGCCAGGCUAACUCCUCGUCCAACCACGACAGCAAGAGCAAGAAGGACAAAGCCAAGAGACAUUCAUUCACUCUCCUCACCACUUCCAACAAAGCUUCUCAUCCACAGAGCAACCACAGGCAUUCCAUGGAGAUCAGUGCCCCUGUGCUGAUCAGUUCCAGUAACCCCACUGCUGCUGCCAGGAUAGACUCCAACACCCUCUCAUCCAGUGCACCUUCCUCAUCAUCACCUCCUACUACACAGGUAAGGACCUUAGCACACCUGUCACACACCUGGCACACACCUGGCACACAGGUAAGGACCUUAGCACACCUGUCACUCACCUGUCAGACACCUACAUGUAUGACACAGGUAAGGGCCUUAGCACACUUGUCACACACCUGUCACACAGGUAAGAAACUUAGCACACCUGUCACACACCUGUCACACACCUGUCACACACCUGUCACACAGGGUGCCGAAGCAGCCGCGGCCGUCGCCACUUCUCAAACUGAACCUGCUGCCACCUUAGGCACUGCAACUAAUUUGCAGGCGAAUGGCCCAACAAGAAAAAGUACGGCCGAACCUUCAUCACCAACAAUAGUUCCCAGCCAGGGUCCCUCCAAUGUGUGUGUGGCCAGGCACUUGCACAAACCUCAGCAUAUCAGGUACGUUGCCAAGUACUCUUACAAGCCGCAGAAGAGUGACGAGCUUGAGUUGAAGAAGGCAGACAUCUACCUGGUGUGUGAGAAGAUGCAGGACGGCUGGUUCAAGGGCACAUCUCUGCGCACCGGCCAGAUGGGCAUGUUCCCCGGGAACUAUGUACAGCCUCUCACCAGGGCUGUGACGAGCACCACGCCCACACGCUCUACGUCCUCUGCUCCUGCCCGCCCCGCCUCCUCAGCACCCCCUACCCGACCAACCUCCUCUACCCCCUCCUCCAGAACUACCCCCUCUGCCUCAGGCAGACCUGCGUCUUCCAGCACCUCCAAGUCAGCAGGGGGACCCCCUCCACAGAUCGUGGUGACGGCCAGCAACGCUGCAUCACAACAGGUCUUGGUUGUGAAGACGUCUACAGGAACGUCUCGAGUGCCUGUCCCGGUGUCUCCCCCAGCCCAGAUGCAGUCGUCUCACCCCCACCGCUCCUCCGUCCCCGUCAGCCGCGUCCCGCAGCAGCCCGGCAACCCUGCCGGCGCCGUGCAAUCCUCGCGGCCUGCCAGCAGUACGUGUGUAAUCCACGGCAAGACUACAGUCGCCCAGGCCCGCGCCCUGGCCCAGCCACAGAACAGGACCGUCGCACACAUGCGCGGCAUGAACGGAGCCCACCACCCGCAGGUCGUCACUGUACCCAACGCGCAGGUGCCGCCUCAGCAGCAGCAGCCGCCGCGGCAUCACGUGAACGUGCGACCGAUGGUCCCGGGCCAGGUCCUGAUGAGGCCGGUGGCGGCUGUACCGCCUCAGCCGCAAACGAGAACUGUUCCCGUGCAGGCCGUCCAGCCCCAGGCGAUGCGCCACGGCGGCGCUCGCGUCCUGGUCCAGCCCUCCCCCAACCCCCGACAGGCACAUUCCCAACACGGUGGGGCGUCGCUGCAGAACACCCCCACCCCCCACGCACCCACGUCGGCGGCAGCCACUGUCACUCCGCCCAACAUGACGGCCAUGCCUGACGUGGUGGCCAACGCUGGUCGCAGUUCCCCGGAGGGCGCCACAGGGGGCGUCGCUGCUCCACCCAGACCAGAGCGGAAGGACAAAAAGGAAGAAGACAGGAGAAAAGGAGGCUUCAUCCGGAGACUGUCCGGUGCCACCGCGAAGAAGAAGACCUCCAAGUCUGGCUCCCCUCCCCCCGACUGCACCCCUCCCCCCUCCCCCGGUGCGACUGCGGCGGUGCCUCAGGACGCACAGCAGUUACUAGGUGCACAGGGCGGGGACCCGGCACAGGUAGCACACGGCAGGUCUGGUUCCCUGCCAGUGGACACUGACGGCCAGCACAGCCCAGAGAUCCACCACCACAAGUCUGCUUCCCUGGACUCCGGUGUCGGCCCCUCCCCACUCGCAGCCAUCGGGAACAACAACGGGGGAGCCGCAGCAGCUGCAGUACCAACCACACCCAACAGGAGGCCUCAGACUGCACCCUUGGUCAGGGAGAGGUUUCGUGCGGUGGUUCCAUACCCACCGCAGGGGGACGCAGAGCUAGAACUCAAGGUCGGAGACAUCGUGUACGUGCAUAAAAAGCGGGAGGACGGCUGGUUCAAGGGCACCCUCCAGCGAACGGGCAAAACCGGGCUGUUCCCUGGAAGCUUCGUGGAGAGCUUCUAGACCUGAAGUUCAACUGUGCACCAAUGACUUAAUGUUCUUAAUGUGGGAAUAACUGGCUUUUAGCUACCAAGACACAACCAUGUAGCUUCUCGACAACGUCCAGUAUGUGCAGGGGACAUCUCACAUGCAAUCUUGGCUGCUUCACCGGAAUGGUUAGUCUCAGAAAAUCACGCCGACGUCACAGUGCUUUUAACAUAAUUCUAUCUCCUACAUGAAGAAUCUUAUCGUAUCUACAUCUACUCUUUGGUAACAAGUGCAACGUGUACCCAAUCUUGAUUAUGCAAACAAACAAUGAUGGAAAGAAGACAGCAAUCUGUUAGUGAUUUUUUGUAGCGAAUGCCCUGAUGUACAAUUGUGGGGAGGUUUUGACGGUGCUCAAGCUAUGAGAGGAUGUUACAUCCAAUUUCUGUGACACCUCGAAACGUCUAGUAGAGAGGGUUUGAACGUGGACCAGUAAGACGGAAGAAGACUUUGGGAAGUGUGGAAAAACAUUGUAGGUAAGGAAAUCCAAAAAUCGUGUUGUCUUAUUGUAACAAAACUGCCACUUACUGCCUUUAUGGUAUUAUGAUAGUUCCUCUUGAGAAGACACGUCAGCAGAACGUACUGCACCUGUGCAAAAUAAGGAUUUUUUACCAUUUUCCUCGUUUGGUCAA